UCUCCUCAUGUCUGGGUACUGGCCAGCCUCUGUACAUUUUGAGACCAUGUACGAGGCUGGGCUCUUCAGGUCUUUCUUGGACUUAAAGCUUUUGGCUCCAGGAGUCUCAUGUCAAGCAUUCCUAGGGAUGCUUGAUCAACGAACCAUGACCUAUGGCAGGAGCGGUAAAAUAUGUGGAGACACAUUCCAGAAAUCAUUCCUGGAGUGGACCUUUGCCCAGCACGAGGUUGAGAGCUUGUGUGGGGUCCAGCCCUUUAAAUGUCCAGCUUGCUGUCCGUCCAUGCAUGCCAUCUCAGUGGAUGGUAAUCGGAAGCUGUACCGAUUUUCUAAUGCUCCAGGGCUAGAGAAAGGUUACUUUGAUGGCAUGUUCAUUGAGGAAGAUGAGCAUGUAUCCUCCUUCGUGGGACAUGUGCAUGAAAAAACAAAACAUGUACCAGGUAAAGGGGUUUGUGACUCCUCAAAGUGGAAAGCGGCCAAGGAGUCAGCCCAGAAGUCGGCCUCAAAGAUCGACGAAGAGGGCCUUGAGAUAGCAGUGUGUCGACAUGGAGGACUUCUCAAGGCCCUCAAUAUGUUCAGAGGGGAAAUAUUUUCCUACCCUCUGUACCUGCAAAGCACCCUCUCUCAGCAAAAUGUUACUUUCUUCUGCAAGUACUGGCCAUACAUGAAGAAAGUGGUUGCUAAGUGUCCAGAGCUGAGGCCCCUGCUGAACAUGCGCCCACUGCUGUCCGUUAUGCAUGCCAAAGCACAUGACUGGACAUGUGAGUUGCAGUGGUCUGGAAGAAACCAGGAGGGAGCAGGCCUGACAAUUGGGGAAGAAGUAGAGCAGGUCAACUCCUUUUUGUCCAGGGCUGCAAUUUGCACAAAGUAUAUGUCCAAAGCAGCACGAUCGGACAUGCUCACUGUCCUUGCUGUUGCAUGGAAUAAACGCAAAUCCAAAAAUAUGGCAAAAUAUUUGACCCAAAGAUACAUCAAGACAGCAAAGAGGAUCAAGGAGGAAAGUGAGAGCCUGGCACGCUUACAGGCAGAGCUCCAUGCCCAGGACAGUGUACAGCAGUGGGUCAGUGAUGUACAGCAGUUGGCAGCAGCAACAAGUACAGAAGACAACACUGGUCUUCAGAGCAAGAUAGUGGAUCUUUAUCUAAGCAUAAAGCAAAGGAAACACCAGCUCUACCGCCAAACAGGUCAGCUAAAUAAAUGCACACAAUGUAUUUAUGCAUUUGUAUGCACCAUUAUACAACCUGGUAUAAUUUUAAUUGCUUAGAAAGCAACGAGACGCCACAAAAUCCAGGGGGAAAUCUGCGGCUGCAUUGGAAGCUGCCAUUGAGGCUUUUAACUCAGUCACACAGUCAACCUACCACCUUCCUUCCACGGAUGAAUUGCUCAUGGUUGACAACUACCGCUGGCCAUGGGAAUGCCCUGACACCAGUUUUUCAACUAAGAAGGCAGUCUUUGACUGCAUCAUGAUGCUGUCCAGACUGAGGGAGGAGGAGCAGAUCCUUGUGAGGGAGGUCAAGCAACACUGGGAGUCUUUGAGGGAAGCUACAGGAGCCUUCAACGAUCUGUCAAACCGCAUCAAAAAUGAGUCAGUAGCCUUACAUUUUGAGUGUAGACAUGAUUACGGUUUGGAUAAGGAUUUUAAUUUGUUUUUGUCUUGGUCCUGAUUUGCAUGUUUUUCAUAUUUAGGUAGUGACCUGGACAUGUCAGAGGAGCGUCGCGGGGGCCUUCUCUGUGUCCUAAAGACAAAAUGCCACAAUCUCCUGCUCCAGCAAAAGCAUGCCAGGACAAUGUACCAGCAAGGAGUCUUGGGCCAGGGAACUGACACCAUUGUCCUUGAUGACACCUCAGA